AUGAAAUCAUAGUAACCUUGUAAGGGUGGAGUGUUUUUUUCGUAGAAGAAGAAAAAAUCUGUAGCUUUAAAUAGAACAGAUCUUGAGGAUUCAUUAAACCUGGUUAUUCAUAGAAACCCUAACAGUAAAAGAUAGGCUACACAUGAAGUCAUCGAUGUCAAGAAGAGAUAAUUUAUCGAGCACUGGCAAAUUCACAAAUACAUAGUUUAGCAACAGCCAAAAUUAAAUGAUAGAGGAACUAUCUGGCUACUAAAGAUUUAAUCACUCAAUGAUUUAGAACAGCCAUGGAUCUCAGGGCAACAUUAAUGA